AUGUCACAAUUGUAUCAAGCAUUCUGUGCAAUGCGACUUUCUGGUGACAGCUUCCACUGGGUCAGUAGGAGGUUUAUCCAAUAUACACAAUCAAACAACAGUCCCCAUGUUUCACAUGAAACUCCUCAAUUCGAUCAAAAUGGAGUUUCCUCUGGGUUGAACGAAACAUCUUUACCAUCGUUAAACUUAACUGACCUAGAGCUUCUCCAUAACUAUACCACCUCGACGGCAUUCACAUUACAUACAGAUCCAGCACUCAAGACACUAUGGAGAAUUAAUGUGGCUCAGCUCGGGUUCGAGAACGAUUUUGUGAUGCGAGGCAUUCUUGCUCUCUCUGCUCUUCAUUUGGCACGCUUCAGGCCUGAAAGGCGGGAUUUUUACAUGUCCCAAGCCAUUACUCAACAUCAGGCUGGGCUAAGAAUGACUACUGGACUGAUAUCGAGCAUUACGAAAGAGAACUGCAGUGCUAUCUAUUUAUUCUCAGCACUUACUCUGUUUUUCACACUCGCUAGUCCACGCAAACCAGGCGACUUCCUCCUUGUAGGCGAGAAUGGAAUAGCAGACUGGCUGUAUUUGGUCAGAGGCACCAAUUUCAUCAUCGAAUCCUCCGAAGAAUUUCUAUUCAGCGGCCCCCUUGGUCCCAUGUUCAUGGCUGGUAGACGAAGAACGGAACUCAAAGAGCGAAUCCUUGCAGAAACUCCAAUACAAGAUGACCCACUCAACGAACUCAUCAUCUUAAUCACGGAGACGAGCCCCGAUCGCCAAAAGCUACCUAUCUACUUAUCGGCCAUCAACACUCUUCGAAAGUCGUUUGUUUUCCAAAACAAACAAGCUCCACCAGGCCACGAAACGGGUGACAUCUUCUUUUGGGUGUUUCGUAUCCCUGAUGAUUAUCUUGAGCUUCUAAGACAGCAUUCGCAAGAGUCACUUGCUAUAUUGGCAUAUUUCUGCGUGGUUCUGAAGCGGCUAGAUGCCCAUUGGUGGAUGGAAGGAUGGAGCACUCAUCUGAUCUCGAAGAUCUGGAACCUUCUUGAUGAGGAGCAUCGAUUGUGGAUCAGAUGGCCAAUAGAGGAGAUCGGCUGGAUUCCAAGUUGA